AUCUCUAGUUCUUAUAACAAUAUACAAAUAUUCAUUAAAAUUUAAGAGUAACGAGAAAAAUAAAAUAAAUGAUUGUGUCAAUCAUAUAUUUAUAUAUUUUCAGCUUUUAUAUAAAAAUUGUAGAGUAACAAUAAAGUAUAAUAUUUUCAGUUCCUAUAUAUUUAGUUUCAUUAACUUUUAAAACACGUUUAUCUAAGAAUCUCAUGACGACUAACAUUUCUUAUGUCAUGAGACUAAUUAAAUGUUACUAACAUAUGCCUUAUUAUCCUGGAAAAAGAGAAAAACCACUGAAAUGGUUUAGUUCCGCCCUAUAAAUUUGUGCAAUGUGAGUUGUAAGAUUGUCUCAAAGAUCUUAUGCUAGAGACUAAAGAAGAUUUUGCAUGAAUGAAUAUCUGAGAUCCACUCAGUCUUGCUCUUUUAAUUGUAUUUUUUAGUGUCAAAUAGAUAUGCAUGAUUCUGAUGUUGAGUUGUGAACUCGUAUUUUAAGGAAAUUAAUAUUGUUAUCAAAAAGUCCAAAAUUAAAUAAUUUUGAUUGUUACUUUUGCAUUUAAUCUUGAACCUAUUUUUAUUUGACACAUUUUUUUUUUCAGUUUGGCACUUUUAUUUAAGCAAGAUAGAUUACAAUAUAUAUUAACUCAUCUGAGUUAGGGACUGAGACUACAGAUUUAAGAAGUAAGAACUUCUCAAUUUUAAUUUAAAUAAAACUUCUGUUUUAACAAAACAAAAAAAUUAGUAUAUAUUAGUGAAAGCUAAAUGUAAAUCUUAAGAAUUAAAGCUUAAAGUCUAUACAUUUACAAAAGCUACAAUGUGUCGUUAUAUGAAUUCAAACAGCAUAAAGUUCAUCUUGACUCAAAUUUAACAACUUACCUGUCUGCACAUAUUUAAGUAGAAUAUGUAUAAACUAAAAUACAAAUAGUUACAUAUUUGUACAAUUUCAAACAGAAUACAUUGCAUGAACUGAAACUGAAUAUGGAAAACAGGGAAAUAAUAUAUGUCCUCAAAAUAUUUACCAUUUAGAGCUGAAAAUAUACUAUUUAUAUGAAACGUACCACAUGUCACUAUGCUGAUUCAAACCGCAUAAAUUCGUGCAUUGGAUUCAAAUCUUGUUAAGUACAUGUGUGUGCAUAAUCAAAGAACAUAUAUGUAUGAGGCAGCGCCAGUCCGGUUGUGGUGAAGGCCCCACUCAAGAAUUGGGUUCAGUUAGUGUAAAUAUUGUAUUAAAAAACAGUGAAAAUUUAGCAUUAAAAAAAUUGGAUAAAGGCUUGAACCCAUUUAGCAGCUGCUUAUGCUGCAGGCCGGGUCUGGCAUGAGAUCAACUCGGAAGGAAAAUAGUGGAGAAAGGAAAUAAAGUAUAUCCUCGUAAAAAUUACCAUACGAAGUUCGAAAUCUAUUGUUUGUAUGGAUAUUUUCCACGUGUCAUUAUUGAUUAAAAGAGAAUCGAAAUUGCGAGUACAAAUUCAAAUCUAAACCAUACAUGUAUAUGUAUUUAUACGAAACUAAUUUAUUAUAAUUAUUGACUAAGAACAAGGACGGUGAAAUUUGGAACAAAAGUAAUGAAAUAAAGUGUAUCCUUAUAACUGGUAUGAGGUCAACUCGGAACAAAAAUAGUGAAGCAAGGAAAUAAAGUAUCCCUCGUACAAAAUUACCAUACGAAGUUAGAAAUCUAUUUUUCGUAUGAAUGCUUUCCACGUGUCAUUAUUGAUUAAAAGAUAAUCGAAAUUGCGAGUACAAAUUCAAAUCUAAACCAUACAUGUAUAUGUAUUUAUACGAAACUAAUUUAUUAUAACUAUUGACUAAGAAUAAGAACGGCGAAAUUUGGAAUAAAAGUAAUGAAGUAAAAUAUAUCCUCAUAACUGGUAUGAGGUCAACUCGGAAGGAAAUAAAGUAUAUCCUCGUAAAAAUUGCCAUAUGAAGUUGAAAAUCUAUUGUUUGUAUGGAUGCUUUCCACGUGUCAUUAUGGAUUAAAAGAGAAUCGAAAUUGCGAGUACAAAUUCAAGUCUAAACCAUAACAUGUAUACCAAACUAAUGUAUUAUAACGGUUGACUAAGAACAAGGAUUGGCGAAAUUUGGAAAAAAGUAAUGUUAGAACCCAAUGACUUUUCACUAUAUAAAGCCAAUGCACAAUGCAUCACCUCUCACACCCAAAAAUUCUCCUCUCUUCUAACAUAUAAAAAAAAUGUCUCAAUCAAACCAUCUUACAAUACCUUUACUCCAAAACAUGCCUCUUCAGGAGAAACUGCAUUUCCUUAAAAAUUACUUUACUGGAGCAUUCUCAGUCGCCAAAAUCUUUUUCCCAUUGCUACUCGCAUCUGUUUUCACUUACCUUCGCUCCUUAGCCACUAUGCAUUUCCUAGGCCGUCUUGGUUCCUCUACUCUUGCUGGCUGCUCCCUUGCCCUUGCAUCCGCCAACAUUAGCGCUUACGCUCUGUUCUCCGGCUUGAUCGGGGGCGUCGAAACCAUCUGCUCACAAGCCAUCGGCGCAAAACGCUAUAACCUCUUCAGGGCAACCAUCAGGCGAGGAAUGAUCCUCCUCCUCCGCACAUCAUUCCCUGUUUUCUUUCUCUGGUUAAACAUCGAGAGGAUUCUGACACUGCUUAAACAGAACGUGAAGCUUGCGUCCAUAGCUGGCACCUUUCUGCUUUACUCUGUUCCGGAUCUCGUCGCUCAGUCUUUAUUGCACCCAUUAAAAGCUUAUCUCAAGACUCAGUCAAAGACUCGGCCUCUAUUAAUCAUGACAGGAGUGACGUGUCUUCUCCACUGUCUGAUCAUGUACAUUUUCGUGUCGCACUUCAAGUUUGAGGUUAAAGGUAUCGCUGUGAGUUCUGUUUUGUCAAAUUUUAUCCUUGUCGCCUUUCUCUUCAUCUACAUCAAAAAAGAGCUAGGCAGCGACAAUGACGAGGAGGAGGAGGUUACAGAGGAGUCGUACGAAGAUCGUGAGAGAGAAUGGAAGAAACUGUUGUAUCUCGCGUUACCGAGUUGUGGAAUGGGUUGUCUAGAGUUUUGGUUCUAUGAGAUAAUGAUUUUAAUUUGUGGGCUUCUUGAAAAGCCCAAUAUAGCUAUUGCUUCAAUGGGCCUUAUCAUUCAAAUCACUUCUCUUGUUUACAUUUUCCCUCACUCUUUGAGCUCAGCAAUCUCCACUCGGGUCGGAAACGAGCUUGGUUCGAACCGGCCACAAGCAGCGAGAAGAGCCGCCAUCGUGGGACUCAGUCUCAGCAUUCUCCUCGGGAUCAUGGCGUCCACGUUCAUGUUCUCGGUCAGAAACGUAUGGGCCACGUUUUUCACGGAUGAUGAAGACGUCAUUGAUUUAGUUUCCAAGGUUCUGCCGAUUGUCUGCCUUUGCGAGCUAGGAAACUGCCCUCAGACGACGGUAGGUGGCGUUCUCAAAGGGUCUGCGAGGACGUGGAUGGGAGCUUGGAUUAAUACGGUGGCGUUUUAUUUCGUUGGUUCGCCUGUUGCACUGGCUCUGGCGUUUUGGUUUGGGUUUGGAUUAAAGGGACUUUGGCUCGGGAUGCUCGCAGCGCAGAUAACUUGUGUGAUUGGUAUGAUGGUGGCGAUGUAUAGGAUUGAUUGGGAACUUGAGGCGGAAAGGGCUAGGGAUCUCACAUCGGUGGAUGAUUGCAGAAGCGACGGUGAGGUCGAGGAUGGGGAGGCUGGGAGGUUGAUAAGCAGGGUCGAGUCUUUUGAGGGAUAGAAGACGUACUCUGUGUCUGAAGGGGGGAAAAGUGGUCUGUCUUUUGUUAUAUUUUAGUCUGUUGCAUUUGUGUUACAAAAAAAAAAGUAUUCUGAACUCAUUGUUUAUGUUUUGUUUUGAAUUUGUUGUUUUGUUUUUGGAUUUAAUGUUAACUUCUUAAUUUCAUCGAACUAAAGUAAACUUUGUAAGAUGGAAAAAUAUUGGAGUAAAAUUAAAUGGGUUUGAUUAUCUUUUUUCACCACCACUACCAAACUUUACUUCUUCUUUCUUUUUGUCAAUACUACCAAACUUUACUAUUAGUGACAAGCAGUUAUAUGUUGUAUCGGUGGUGCAUGCUCUGCCCCGCUUUUACCUUAUGCAGCCACAAAUUUGGAUUUAGAAAAAAUGGUAGAAAUUAUGAAUUUUCAAACUUUCACUCAGUAUCUAUAUAUUAAAACUGAAAUACAAAUAGAAACUAACAGUUAAAACAAUUUUUUUAAUUAUAUUUAAUGCCAUUCCUUUGUUACUUUUAGACAUAAUUAAUGUUAAUAAAUAAAUUUACAAAAUACAUAAUAAAUGACAGUUUUCAUAAAAUUGUAUGCAUAUUAAAAAAUUGCCAAAUAUUUAGCUACCAAAUAGAAGAUUGCAAUAUUUCAUUUCUAAAAAAGAUCUAAAAUAUAGAAGUCAACUUUGCAAUUAUAUGCGUAUUAAAAAAUUGCCCACUUUUUUUUUGGAACACAAACAUUGAAUAAAAGAAAAAAUGGGAGAUGAAUUAAAGUAUACUAAUAUUUGUGUUUAAAAAAAAGAAUUAAAUUAUAAUAUUACUUUAUUGGUAUAUCAAAAAUUAAAUGAUCAGAUUAAGAAAUGGAAAUGAAAAACUUCAAUACGGACCCGGGUUCAAGAUUCGUUUAAAAAGAAAAAAA